AUGGUAUCAGAGCCUGGUUUCUUAGCAGCUAAGCCUUCUGCCAUUCCUUUUGAUCCCACCCUUAAACUUUCUCCAACUGAUGGAGAUCCAUUGCCUGAUCCUACUUCUUAUAGAAGACUACUUGGGAGGCUCAUAUAUUUGACCAACACAAGGCCUGACAACUCCUUUGUUGUGCAACAUUUGAGCCAAUUCUUGUCUAAGCCUCUUGUUCCACAUUUUCAGGCAGCCACAAAGGUUCUGAGAUUUCUGAAAUCUUCCCCAGCCAAAGGCAUUCUUUUCUCAGCUUCUAGCCACCUAAAGCUAUAUGCAUUUGCUGAUUCCGACUGGGCCCGAUGCCCCCUUACAAGUAAAUCCAUAACUGGCUACUGUGUUGUUCUUGGGGAAUCAUUGAUAUGCUGGAAAUCCAAGAAGCAACAUACUGUGUCCCGCUCCUCCACUGAGGCUGAAUAUAGAGCUUUAUCUUUCUCUGUUUUUCAUUCCUUUCCUUCACGAUUCGUUCUUCAUUUUUUUCCAUCGUGA